AUACAGGAGACAGACAGCUGCAGGUUUGCAGGUUUAACUGAUGAUUUUUCAUUAAUUUUAUCAUUUUUUUUUAUUUAUUUCAUCAGUUUUCUGCUGUAAUUUGCUGGAACUGUGGUGUGUGUAAGCGAGGCUGCACUGUCUUGAGCCACCACAUGAAAUCACUGCUUUAAUAUUGUGUUUUUUCUGAGAUUUAAAGCCACAAUAUUUACAAAAUGCCCGAGAAAACCAAGUAUAACCUGGUGGAUGACACGCUGGAGCCGAGGACGCCCGCGGACAACGACGACAUCUUUCAGUACGGUGUCACGUUUGAGGUGAAGUUUGUGGGCAGUUUGGACGUUGUCAGACCCAAAAGCAGGCUGGAGAUCCUGGCAGCCAUGAGGAGGAUACGGUACGAGUUUAAAGUGAAGAACAUUAAGAAGACUAAAGUCAGCCUUGUCGUUGCAGUGGACGGCGUCAAAGUGGUUUUGCGCAAGAAGAAAAAGAAAAAUGCGUACAGCUGGGAUGAGAGUCAGGUAACACUGACGCAGGACCCUAUUUACAGAAUAUUCUACGUUUCCCAUGAUUCCCAGGACCUGAAAAUAUUCAGUUACAUCGCAAGAGAUAAGAAAAGCAACGUGUUCCGCUGCAACGUCUUCAAAUCCAAGAGAAAGAGCCAGGCUAUGCGGAUAGUGCGGACAAUCGGCCAGGCUUUUGAGGUUUGCCAUAAACAAAGUCUGGACAGUGUUGACGCUUGGUUGGUGAAAGAGGAGGAGGAGAGAAGUGAAGAGGAGAAGACUUCCCCCUCAGAAACUACCACAGAGGAAUCAGUCGAAAACAAAGACGCCAAGGAUGUAUCUGAAGACCCCGUGUUGGAAACAGAGCCGUCUAGACUGGCGUCCCCCGUGUCCGAGCCCCUGACUGUGAGCCAUCAGGUGCAGCUGCUUCAGAGGCAGCUCCAGCAGCAGGAGCAGAAGAACCAGGCGGCUUCAGCGCAGGCGGUUCUGCUCCAGCAGCAGCUCUCUGUGGAGUCGCGGGCGAGGGCGGAGGCUCAGUCCCGGGUGGAGCAGCUCCUUCAGCAGAACAGUGAACUCCUGCAGCACCUCUCCCUGCUGGUCAAACACAUCCAGGAGCUGGAGCUGCGAGCACACUCCACCUCCUCCAUGGGAUCUCAGGACAGCCUGUUGGAGAUUGCGCUGAGAGCUAACGCUGCGACAGGCCUGCCCCGCCCCUCCUCUCCACAAGGCGGCGCCCCCCGAGAGUCCAGCCUGGUCCAACUCAAUUCUGCAUUCUGCUUCUUUCCUGGACGUCCAGCACAGGAGAAGAAGAAGGAGCAGGACCGAGACUCUGGGCAGGGUCAGGACGAUGAGCAGCUGGCAGAAGCGUCUCCCACCGAGGGUCAGUUCUUCAACUCUCUCGAGACUCCCGGCUUCAGAGAGUCUGGCAUCGCGUCCGGCUACGAGUCCAAUACUGACGAGAGUGAUGAUCGGGACAGCUGGGGACAGUGAAGAUCAGCAAAACUUGUGUGUCGGAAACACACUUUAGCCCUACUCUGCCGAGAUUAGUUUCUCAGGGGGUCGUCUGUGAAAAAUAUUUCACUCUUGCAUCAGGACUGCAAUUGAAAAAACAGGAGCACCAGUGAGUUUUUUGGCUUUCUCGGUCACAUGAGAUCACGUUCAGUAGCUCCUCCAUUUCCACUCGCUGUUGUGUUUUUUACGUGGAUCUCUGUGGAAACGUGCACCCAAAGUGUAAUUACGGUGCGCAGCAGUGGACAAAUAGCUGUUUUAUUAAGUGUGAGGAGACGAAACUCAGAGAUGUUUUCCGGACGGGAGUAAAAUUACCGGAGGACCAAGGAGUUCAGCGAAAAACAGUAGAUAAUUCAGCCUGUAAUUUUCUCAGAGGACGUCUGAGAAAAACACAUACAUGGUCGUUCCGGACGGGAAUAAAAUCACAGAGGACCCCCUUAUAAAAGAGAAAAUUACCCCAGAACCGCCUGAGAAACUAAUCCCAUCCGGAUAGGGCUUUUGUCUACUGUUAUCCUAGUCACUGUGCUUACUUAUACUCUAUGUAUUACCACUAUAUUGAACUGCAACAAAACAAAGCAAUUCAGUGGCUACCAUAGAACCAACUCAUUACUUAUGACAUUACUUAUGGUUCAUUGUCAAGUUUACUGUGCAGUUACUGUGGAAAUGAGGAAUUUAUUAAGUUUAAAAGGUUUACAUUUUGUCCAAAUUACUAAUUACUUAUUAAUAUUACUGAAUAAUGCUGUCUUGUUUUUUCAUCUACACUUUGCUGGGUGUUUCAUAAAAUAAUUGUUUUUGGUAUCACACAAGCGAAUCUUAAUUUUCCAUGCCAGGUGUCAAAUUUUACCUACCUGCCAAAAUCGGACUCCCCUUGAGAUGCCUUUGAUUUCUGUUAAUAACUAAGGGUUAAUCUACAGUUACAGUAGAUACAGUACACUGCUUAGAGACACGCAAAGGAGAGUCUGAUUUUAUUACAACAAUGGCUUUAUUCUUUUUGUACAGUCUAAGAGGUAAUAAUUGCCUGUCUCAACUUUUUGUCCAACCAUCUAAACAAGUGUUUUCACACUUUAAACAAACCAGAUCAUAAUUCGGUUGGUCCUAACCAAGACCACCUCUUUUGGUCACACCAAAGUUUGAUCCUUUGGUUCAUACUGUGGUUCUUUUAGGGGUGUUUUCACACCUGUAUUUGGUUUCUAUGGUCUGGAUCAGUUAAUGAGUCCCUCUGUUUGGUUUGGUUUCACACAGGGAUAAACCACACGAGCACAUUGUCUACUCUGAUUGGCCAGAGCUGUCUAUUGUGGGAGCAAGAAAGUAAAUAUAGUAAGAAAAGAUUCUGUGUUCCAGCGCGUAUAUCUGUAUAUAUGUGCAGUAUGAAGCUGCUUUAAUACAGAAAACUGAAAAAUGCUGCUGCACAUUUAAACACAGUGUUUUUACACUUGCUCUCUAAUUUUGGUACAUUUGAUCGAGUGUGAAUGCUGUUUUUUUGAGCCAGGGGUGGUUUAAAGUAUUAAUUUUGGUACAGCACGCUGUGACAAGCAGUGAAUGCAGCACAGGCCGCACGAAUAAACAGCAUGGAGCAGCAGAGACAGCGCUUGUUCAACUGUGGUAAUAAAUCAGAUUGAACUGCGCCUUAUCAGAAGUAUAGCUCAAAAAAGGAGUAUAUUUGAUAGCUGUGUCGGAUCGAGACCGGAUCACGUUCUCACCACAAGCGAACCGCUCCAGAGUUAGGUUGGGACCAUUAGUUUUGGGUAGUUUUGAUCCGCACCGAGUGCGAUUUCUGUUUUCACACCUGCUCAAUUGAACCGCACUCAGAGUACAAACAAACCAGAGUCUGUUUUAACCGAAUCAAAUAGUGCUGGUGUGAAAACGCAACCUUAAACCUAUUUUAAACCAACCUGCUGCCAACUUAAAAUAUUCCCAGUGUUAAUACAAUAUCAUCUAAAAACACACCAUAUUUCAUCCAUCUUACCCAGCAGCCAUUCCUCUUUCCAGGGGAUAACAGAUAACCCAACAUCCAGGUUCUUACUCAUUGCUAUGUCCUUUCCUGAAUGACUGGAUCCUGGAUUUGCUUUGUCUCCACCAGCAAACCUAAAGACUUUAGUGCUGCUGCUCGUUCUCAGUAACUUCGUUUUCUUCAGUGUCAGACUAAUUGUCCACCCAAGGGCAAAAUGACCAGCAGUGCCCAUCCCUGAGUGGACUGUGACUCCAGAAGUGUCUGUGUUCUCCUGUAACAUGAUAUAUUCUGUAUACCAGCAUGUUCUUGAUAUUGAUAUUUUGUAUAUUUGGCUGCUUUUCUUUUUUCAGCUUGUUUCUUUGUAGCUGUAAUUGGUUAGAUUUAAAUUGGUGCUUUUUGUGGGGGUUGUUUUCUAACACUUUCAGGUUGCAUAAUGAUGCCAAGGUGACUAAAAUAUUCCCUGCUCAUUUCUGCAUGAUCGUCUCCCUCCCUCUCUGUAUCUGUUUCAGUUAAACAGGAUGUUUUUUUUGGUACUGUGCCACUAAGCUAUUUGAUUUGCUCUCUAAAGCCUACAGCCUUUUAGGCAGCUGUGGAAGCCUCGGGAUGCUCUGCAUUAAGAGAGAUGAUUCACUGAAGGCCUCUUUUCAACUGAAGGAUCUAAUGUUCUGUGCUGAUGCAGACCUGUUAACCUGGUUACAGUUCCUUUACCAUUUGCUGCAUUACUUAAUCAGGACCAGGACUAGUACUGUGUUUUGUCAGAGGCUGCCAUUGAGGCCAACCAUUUAAACAAGUGUUUCCACACUUCAAAUAAACCAGAUUAUAAUUCAGUUGCCCCAAACCAAGACCACCUCUUUUGGUCACACCGAAUUCUGAUCCAUUGGUCCAGACUGUGGUUCUUUUUGGUGCGUUUUCACGCCUGUAGUUUGUUUUUAUGGUCUGGAUCCUUUGAUAAGUUUGUUAAUUGGAGAUUUUAUCCCUCUGUUUGGUUUGUUUUCACAAAGGCAUAAACCUAAACGCAUCAAAAUACGCACCAAUAAACCACGCAAGCACAUUGUCUCCUCUGAUUGGUCAGAGCUGUCUGGCUCAGGACAAAGAAAAAAAAUAAAUUGAGAAGAUUACAUGUUUCAGUACAAAAAUCUGUGCAGUUUGAAGCUGCUUUAACAGCAAAAGCUGAAAAACUGCACUUUCAAAUUUCACACUUUCACACUCUGCAAUUUUGGUACAUUUUGGAUGUUUCCAGUUUCAUUCCCAAAACUUGCGAAUGGCUAUAGGCCUCGUCACAAAUUACUAGCAGCCUCGUCCAACAAGCUUAGCAACCAGGCUUAUCUCACAUUGCUAACAUGGCAUUAGCAUGCCAAACACAGGGCCUAGUCCAUCAUUGCUACCACAGUGUUAAUACAGCCCAGCUAGCCAAUAGGCUGUCUGUGGCCCCAAGUACAGUUGAGUAACCAUGCUACAUAAAUCGGCUUUAGCACACCCAUAUUACUGCUAACCUUGUCCAACAUUGCUAAAGUGCUGUUAGCAUGUUACCAAGGCUACCAAGCUCAUGCAACAUUGUUGCACACAUGUUAGCGCAAUGGUCGAACAGCUCAAAAGACCUGAAACACUGUAGUGAACAGUUGGUUCUCAUCAUAGAAGAAAUGCACUGGCUCAGCAUGAAGACCUUAGCCACACUAUUAUGUGCCAAAUUGUUAUGUCCAGUCAGAGUACCUACAAAACCUUAAGGAUUUAAGGAAAGCUCUGAGUCAGUUGUGGUUAGUAUCUACAGACCAACUGGUUUAAGAAGGGACAGGGUGUUGGGCACCACAGGCUACAUUAUCUGGGCUGAACCAAAAUGCCUCACAAAACACAGUGUAGCAUCUAAAAAUCCCAUCAGGUUCCCAGUGCUAAUCGCUGUUCUUUGAAAUGAGUCCUGUUUUUUUUAACAUCAUUUGGAUGGGUAGGUUUGGUGCAAUGUUGACCUGUGAUCUGUUGCAUUGUCUUUGUGCCAUCUUCAAAAAUCUGUUUUUAAAAAGAGUUUUUGAGGUAGCAUGCAGAGGUCUGUCAACACAUUAAGUAUGUCGUCUUAAUGUUUUGGCUGGCUCAACACUUUAUAUUUGUAUUACCUGUGCUGUAAUUGGCCUGUGUUUGGGCAGAAAUGGUCCUAGGAAGCUUGCCGUACAUGUACAUGGAACUUAGUGACUCACCUCAAUCCCUCCAUUUCUGGAUCGCUGAACUCUUAACUAAUUUUGUAAAAUUAUUUUGCUGUUUUAUUCUGCUUGAAUAAUGUUUUGCUCAGUUUCCUUGCUGUUGUAAGUUAUUCAAGUUAUUAAUAGACCUAUUUUGUCUGUAUGCUUACAAAUAAACUUGGCUUUUUUGAUUAAA